AUGUUGAGGGCACCGUAUAUGCGGGUCGCAGCGGCGGGCCACGAAGGUACCCUGCUUCCAUUGGAGUAUCAUGGCGGUAGCAGCCACGGAGCGGCAUCGGCAUUAGAGCAAUUGUGCCACCUCGACGACGGUGGAAGGUUCGCGACCGCCAAUGUGGCGCCCUCGCUGACCCUAUGGCUUUACCGCUCUUCGCUGCUACGGCGGCUGUGGCUUGAGGGCGUCGUGUUUGACGCCAUUGUGGAGGACAGACUUACCGCCCGGGGGUUCACGGCGUUGCUGCGUCGCACCUUUCAAACCCCACGGUUCUUGCGCGGCGAAGAAACUUCCACUCAGGAGGAGGCCAUCGGACUUGUGUGGGGCGUCCAGAGGGAGUUUGCACUGCAUGUAGUAGCAGCCAUUGUGGACGAAAACCAGUGGCAUUGGACGCUGCGGGAGGCGUGA